AUGACAAAGCAGGAGAAGACAUUAUCAACGAAAGGCGAAACUUUGGAAGAUCAAAUGCACUUACAGCCACAGAAAUUCAAAUCCUAUGGCUUCUGCGAAACCGCACCUCGGUCGCCCCGGUCGACGCUCUUCCCCUCCCUCGCCCCACUUAAAAUCUCCUCCUUAACCCACAACGACGGCCGAACCCUCAACCUCCUCAAACCGCCGACGGCACCAAUCCCCCAUCGUCUACGGAGCGGCGCUCCCUCUACAACAUCCCCGGCCCUCGAUCUGGGACGCAGGGGGCGAGAGAUGGAGGCGGUUGUUUCGGCGCAGGCGGAGCUCCGGAAGCCCGGGCGGAGGAGAUUCGGCCGAGGCGUCCGCGAGAUGACGGGGAGAAGGAGGCCGCUGAGCAUGCAGCUCCAGCUUGUGCUGAUGAACGACGUUCUAGAGGACGUGGUGAGGACAAUGAGGGAAGAAGGAGGAGGGAACUCGUUUGUCGACUCCGAUGGAGUCUUCGAGAUGGCUGAUGGGUUCUCGAGGCAGAUGGCGGAGUGUACAGCGGCAGAAUUGGCGGCGGAGGAUUACGGGUUUAUUUCUUUGAAUAAGGCGGUGCAGGAAGGUGCGGAACCGUUCGAGAUGUACUUUGAAGAGUGUGACGGCGCUGUCGAGGAGCAAUUCUUUCAUAGGCCUUGCGGCAAAGUUAGGCUGCGCAGAUGA